CGCUGUGGUUGGAGACAGAAAGGUGUUUGUGAACAGAUGUGUUAUUGGGAUCUGACUGUCUGAGGACUGAGUGCAACGGAAGGGUCUGCAGGAAGGUUGUCCUCGCCUCCCACAGCUGCUGCUUGUUCACUCUCUCCGCCCCCCCCCCCCCCCCCCCCCCCCGCAGAGGCUGAGGUUGAGGUUCUCCGAGGGCAGGGAGUCCCUGCAACCAUGAGACUGGCUGUGUUUGGCUGCAGACUGAGACACUGGCUAGAGACCCCGUCUCGAAAGCCCACUCACUCCAAACAGCGCUCCACCUCCUGUCCACAGACACCCUCCAGCCCGUCCCUCGACAUCGCCGAAUUGUUAGCAGACAGCGGGCAGCAGACUAGUGAAGCUCCCCAGGUUAAAGAGCCGAGCAGGAGGCGGCCCCGGCAGAGUUCACUGCUCCUGUUCCCCGGCCAGGGCAGCCAGUUUGUGGGAAUGGGCAAAGGGCUCCAGAAAUAUCCCAAUGCCAGGGAAAUAUUCGCGGCGGCCGAGGAGAUUCUGGGGUAUGACCUGCUGUCUCUAUGUGUGAAUGGGCCGCAGGAAGAGUUAAAUAAAACUCUUCAUUGUCAGCCGGCAGUUUUUGUCAUGUCCUUAGCUGCAGUGGAAAGGCUUCAGCAUGAAAACCCCGAGGCCAUCGAGAAGUGUGUUGGAGCUGCAGGAUUCAGUGUGGGAGAGUUUGCUGCCCUGGUCUUUGCAGGAGCAAUAGACUUUGCUGAAGCUCUCUGUGCAGUGAAAGUGCGGGCAGAAGCUAUGCAGGAGGCAUCGGAAUCCAUUCCCAGCGGCAUGUUAUCUGUUGUGGGACGAGCAGAAUCCAGAUUCAAGUAUGCCUGCCUGGAAGCUCAAGAACAUUGCAAGUCAUUGGGACUAGAGGAUCCUGUGUGUGAAGUGGCUAACUACCUUUUUCCCAAUGGGCGUGUGAUUGCCGGACAUUUACAGGCUCUUAAAUAUUUGCAGCAGAAUUCCCGAAAGUUUCACUUUCUGCGGGCUAAACUGCUGCCAGUCAGUGGUGCUUUCCACACUAGCCUUAUGGCAUCAGCAACUCAGCCACUCCAUGAAAUCUUGAAGAGAAUCAACAUUGAGAAACCACUGAUAUCUGUCUACUCCAACGUGAAUGCCAAAAAAUACAUGAACAGUAAACACAUUCAGCAACUGUUAGUGAAACAGUUGGUAUCUCCUGUAAAAUGGGAACAAACUAUGCAUGCUAUGUACGAACGAGAACAGGGGAUUGAUUUUCCAGACACUUAUGAGGUAGGUCCUGGGAGCCAGCUUGGGACCGUGUUGAAAAACUGCAACCUGAAGGCUUGGAGUUUCUACAAACAUAUAGAUGUGAAAAUAAAGGAUGAUAUUGAGGAAGAAUGAAAUAUUUUGAACAACUUUGUGCAGAAAGACUGGUGAAAGACCCAUUUUCCUCUUGGUUCAUUAUCCACAGUUUCAGUUUUUGCCAGUUCAAUUACCAACUUGAACUGAUAGAACUUCCUUUUUGCACUAUUCUUAAUGAUCUUAAGAGGUUUAAUGACUUUAUUAAAAAAUGCACUGGGGUGAACUGUCAAGUUGUAGACUCUUGUGAAGUUAAUGUACAGAAUUGAAAUCAGCUAGGAGUUGUAUUGAUGGUCUGACAAUGAGGAGGACUGACAGGAUGUAACAUCUCCCAGGUAGUCUAAAUAAAAUGCCUGGAUGGAAAUUC